UCUAGUGGGGAAAACAUCUGAAGGCUGCGUACUAGAGUUGGUUUGAGGAUGGUUAUAGUAUCCCAGAAGCCUCUGGGUGGCCUUUGGGAGCUAGAAGCGUUGGUUUUUCUGAACUGUAAACGUAUUCUUCUGGUCUCCAUGGGAGCAGCCAUUUUGGUGGAAGAACGGAAAGCCCGGAUGUUAUGACCGGAAACUGAGGUGGCCGCCAUUUUGAAAAACCCUCUUUCUCCGCCAUCUUGGACUAGGGAAUUUUCCUCCGUUGAUCAAUUUCCGUCCAGAUACCUACUGUCUUUAUGACGGAUGAGGUUUCCUAGCCGUCUUAACACUUCUAUUUUUGGCCUUUUACAAAGACUUGAUUCACCUACCCUUUAAAAAAAGGCAGUCUAAGGCUCCCUUAGUGGAUACGUUCCUACGGGCGGAAGUAGUUUUCCCGCCAUUUUGGAAGUGGUCAACUGCUUCUCGGGCCGCCAUCUUGGAUACAGGUUGCCAAGGAAACCGUCGCCCCUGAAGAACUCUGUGCGGUUUGGAAACCUGGCAGCCAGACUGCUGCAGGAAGCCACUGCUGCUGUGCAAGAGAGAAAGUGAGCGAAGGGGAAGAGACAUGUCUUGAGGAAAUUGCUUGCUACUGUUCACAGAGGGCAUGGCCCUGGGGAGAUUUGCCAGCCCCUUAUCUCCUGUCCUGCUGAGCUGGCGUGAGUUUGGUUGGGCUUGAAGUAGGGGAAGCUGAACCUGGAACGGGUCUGCUGCCUCCUAGAGGCAAAGUCUGUAACUGAGUUGUCCAUCUCCUUGGCAAGCUAUGACCAACAACACCACCUACGCUGUGGUGGCCGCCCAGGAAGACCACCCGGCCAAGACGGUACCCAAUGGAACCUCGACCUCCUCUCGCCAACCCCCCAAAGACUCCAUGAAGCUGAAGAAGGAAAUCUCCCUGCUCAACGGUGUCUGCUUGAUUGUGGGCAACAUGAUUGGUUCGGGCAUCUUUGUCUCACCCAAGGGAGUCUUGGUCUACAGUGACUCUUAUGGCCUCUCUCUCGUUGUCUGGGCUGUGGGAGGACUUUUUUCAGUCUUUGGGGCUCUCUGCUAUGCUGAACUGGGCACCACCAUCAAGAAAUCAGGAGCCAGUUAUGCCUAUAUUCUGGAAGCUUUCGGGGAGCUGCCAGCCUUCAUCCGGCUCUGGACAUCCCUUCUUAUUAUUGAGCCCACCAGCCAGGCAGUCAUCGCCAUCACCUUUGCCAACUAUCUGGUGCAACCUUUUUUCCCUUCCUGUGAGGCACCUUACCUGGCCAGUCGGCUCUUGGCAGCUGCUUGCAUCUGCUUACUCACUUUUGUGAACUGCGCUUAUGUCAAAUGGGGCACUCGGGUGCAGGAUCUGUCUACCUACGCCAAGGUGCUAGCUCUCAUUGCUGUCAUCAUUGUCGGCAUCAUCCGAAUUGGACAAGGACAUUCUGAGAACUUUACAGACUCUUUCGAAGGAUCCUCUUGGCAUGUGGGGAGCAUUGCUUUGGCACUCUACUCCGCACUCUUCUCUUACUCUGGAUGGGACACACUCAACUUCGUCACUGAAGAAAUCAAGAACCCUGAAAGAAACCUGCCACUCGCCAUUGGCAUCUCUAUGCCCAUCGUCACAGUGAUCUACAUCAUGACCAAUGUGGCCUAUUACACAGUGCUGAGCAAAAUGGAGAUAUUGUCAAGUGAUGCUGUGGCUGUGACCUUUGGUAAUCAAGUUUUUGGAGUCAUGCAAUGGGCCAUCCCACUUGCUGUAGCCUUGUCCUGUUUGGGAGGCCUUAAUGCCUCAAUUUUAGCAGCUUCCAGGUUGUUUUUUGUUGGCUCCCGAGAAGGGCACCUGCCUGAUGCCAUCAGCAUGAUUCAUGUCUGGCGGUUCACUCCUGUGCCAGCCUUGCUCUUUAAUGUAAGUCUCAUGGGAUGAAGGGAGGGGGACCCAGCCUUCAUGGUGUGCGGAGGGGAACCAGCCUUUAAAAAUAUCUGUUUUUCCAAUAGCUUCAUAAGGAAUGAGACAAACCACACUUAAUGAAGGAAGGCUGCAAACCCUCCAGAGUAUCAACUAAACUUUGCAACCUUUAUUUCGUAGAUUCCAAUGGCAAUUCUGUUCAUUUUUACUCAGAAAUGAAUUCCUCUGUGUCAACAGCAUAGGUAGACACAUGCAGGCCUCACACUGCCAUGGCUAUUUAUGUGGAACUCAGCUCUGCAGGGGAAUCAUUGACUCUACAGAUAUUCUUGGCUGUGAUUCCAAGAAAUCUUUCCCAAUUCACCCAAUUGUAAGGGAUUGUUGAAGCUGUAGGUCUAUACUUCCCGAAUACCAAAGAUUCCCCAUUACUGCCUUUGACUCUUUAAAGUGUAAAACAGAAAUCUAUUUUAAAAAGUGACUUCAGAGCUAGUGUGGCAGAAUGGUUAGAGUAUUGGUCAGGAGCUUAGAAGAUUUAGGUUCUAGUUCUCUCAGAGCUAUGAAACCGACUGGGUGACCGAUGGGCAAGACCUUCUCACACUGAUCUACCUCACAGGAUUGUUGUAGUGAGAUUAAAGUAGAGGAGGAGGAGGAUGUUAUCUUCAGCUCACUGGAGGGAAUGCACAAUAUAAAUGUUACCAGAGCAACACAUUUCCAUUUUUUUUAUUUUGCAAAAACUGUAGUUGGUGGGUACCUGCUUUGCAGUGGCUUUCUUUUGUGUAUGAAAUAAUUUUCUAAAAUGGUGUUUGCUCUACCCAACAAUUCUCUGGUAGCAGCAGGAACCUAUACCAGACGACAUAGUUUUGACCUCUGGAUUCUACAGCAGGGGACAGAAACACUGUAAAAAUAAGGAGUUUAAUAUCUCUUGAAUUAAGUAGUCUUUGAACCAUCCCUUAAAGCAGUCCAAGUAAAUGGCAUAACUCAGAGGUAUGUUUUUUUGUCCCAAACAUUAAUACUUUGAUGGGCAGUGGAUCAGGGUCUGCACAUAACUGUCCAGCCUUCUUCCUUAUCUCUACACAAGGCAAAAGAGAUUCUAGCCUCUCCACAUUGCUCAUGCUGACCCCAAUAUAUUACUUCACGAGGGAGAUUAAUCCGCUUCCUUCUGUCUUCUGAGGCUCCUUUGAAAGCAGAGCUAGCUCCAGAAAUGCCACUGUCUUCCUGGCUUUCAGAGGUUCUCUCCUUGCUGAGGUGAAGAGAAAGGCAGACCCAUCUCCACCCCAACAGCAAGAGUUUGGUGGCU